AUGAAUGCAUCUUGGAUCUGUCUCUCAUGUUCCUAUUCAAAUCCGCCAUCGGUAACGAGAUGUAGUUUAUGUAAUUCUCCAAAACCCUCGAUAUCGUCAACGGACAGGUCUAAGACAUGGUCUGAGAGUACAAUCAGCGAAUCUUCGAGUGUUGGCGCAAGUGGGGCUAUUCGGCUUUCCCAGCAGUCCUCUCGAUUGUAUUCGAUUAAUGUCGGUAAGUCAAACUCUGUGAGAAAAACUCUCGGCGCUAGGCGAGCUCUUUCCACUUCUCAGCGGGAAGUGGGUUCAAAUCGUUCGGAAAGCAUCAGUAAGUUGUUGGUUGGUAAUUUAAAGCUAGAAAUGACUGUAUCGAUCAGUGAUGUGGAUAUUCCCGCCUCUGGUGAAGUGACACAGUCGAUUGGUGAUGAUAAUGACCAGGGUUUAAAAGUUGAUGCUCUUCCCAAAACCGAAUCACUGGAGUUGAGUGCGCCAGAGUCAAUCGCUACUGAGGAUAAGAAAGAAAGAGAAAAGGAAAUGGAAGAGGAAGAAAAGGAGGAGGAAGAGGAGGAGGAGCAAAAGAAAGGCGGAAGCAAAGAGAACAGCAUGAGCCAAGAAUCCGCUGAAAAGGAAAAAGAAAUUUCUGAAAAGAAAGAAAAGGUAAUAAAGAAAGAUGUUGUUAAAACUACAAAAAAGAAAGAAACCAAACCCAAAUCCUCUUCAAACACCACACCCAAAUCCAAACCCAAACCCAAACUCACUCACAUUCUUUCCUCCACAAUGCUUUCCGAAGCAGACCGAGAUGUUCUCAUCUCGCUCGUCUCCAGCCUAGGCGAUGCGAAGUUCAUUUCUCGCUCCAGCCGAUCGAUUAAUCUUCUUGUGGCUGGGCAGGAUGUGCGCUCGGUUAAAAUGAUGUGCGCUGUGGCGCGCGGCAUCCCCGUGGUGACACCAGCAUGGCUCUAUGCAUGCUUAGAACAAGGAAAAUGGGUUGGUCCCGAUUCUUUUAUCAGUUCCUUUGCUGAAGAAGGAUUGAAAAAGAGGAAGGAGCAAGAAAAGGGAAUAUUGGCAAAUCACGGCCCCUAUUUUAUAGCAAAGAACACACAACCUCCUCGAAAUGAGUUGAUCGAGAUUGUGCGAUGCUGUGAUGGACAAAUCACGGAAGAUCUAGAUGAGUGCGAAUAUAUUAUAGGGAAAGUGGAGGGAAGAGAAUAUGUGAAAGAGACGUUUGUUCUGGAUGGAGUGAUGAAAGGUGAACUACCGCGAGUUAGUGAAUAUAUUGUAAAGGAAGAAGAGGAAAGUGACGAGUUUUACUCAUAUUUGUUUACAAACAAUCGAAGCGACCGCUCCUGCUAA